UGCAGGGAGCUGCAGCUUGGUCUGUCUCCCAGGCAGGCGCAGAGUCGCGGCCGCCAGCUAGGGGCGCGGGAAGGCGGGGCUCGGAUGCAAUCGGGACCUCCUCCCGGGCUGGGCCGGGGGCGGGCUCCCGGACCCAGGGCGCCGGGAGCCGGCGGACUACCUGCGAGUCGAGUUAGCGUUGUCGCCGAACCGAAGUGAGAGGGCACGGGGAAGGGUCAAAGAGCGUGCCGAAGCGCUGGAGGGAGCUUCACGGACGCGAGCUAGGCAUCGGCUCGCCUAAUCCGGUACUAAUCCGGCUUGCUGCUUCCCGUCCAGGCCUCGCUCGCCAUGGGGGAGGUGGAGAUCUCGGCCCUGGCCUACGUGAAGAUGUGCCUGCAUGCUGCCCGGUACCCACACGCCGCAGUCAACGGGCUGUUUCUGGCGCCAGCGCCGCGGUCCGGAGAAUGCCUGUGCCUCACCGACUGUGUGCCCCUCUUCCACAGCCACCUGGCCCUGUCCGUCAUGUUGGAGGUCGCCCUCAACCAGGUGGAUGUGUGGGGAGCACAGGCCGGUCUGGUGGUGGCUGGUUACUACCAUGCCAAUGCAGCUGUGAACGAUCAGAGCCCUGGGCCCCUGGCCUUGAAAAUUGCUGGGCGAAUUGCAGAAUUCUUCCCUGAUGCAGUACUUAUUAUGUUGGAUAAUCAGAAACUGGUGCCUCAGCCUCGUGUGCCCCCGGUCAUCGUCCUGGAGAACCAAGGUCUCUGCUGGGUCCCUAAGGAUAAGAACUUAGUGAUGUGGAGGGACUGGGAAGAGUCACGGCAGAUGGUGGGAGCUCUACUGGAAGAUCGGGCCCACCAGCACCUUGUGGACUUUGACUGCCACCUUGAUGACAUCCGGCAGGACUGGACCAACCAGCGGCUCAACACUCAAAUCACCCAGUGGGUUGGUCCCACUAAUGGAAAUGGAAAUGCCUAAGCCAGGGCCAGCGGGGUCCUGAUCCAAUAAAGAGACUUGGGCUGA